CGAACCUCGCGAUUCGCGACCGACAUUCCAGGCUUCCGCGCCGUCCCGCUCGCGAGAGGAACUCUGGACGAGAGGAGAUGUCAGCCAAGUGGUCACACGGAGGAUACGACACGUUCAAGCCGCCGGAUAUCCGUAGAUAGCGAGCAGAAACCUGGAGAAGAGUCGCGUGGAACACGGAGCUGUUGCCUCGAGGUCACUUCCUCGACCCUGACCGAGGAUUCGAGGUUCAGGACGCGAAGGAACGUGGGCAAGAUCAAGCAGAGCCUCAGCGAUCGAGUGCACCCCAAGUUCAAGUUCGCUUUCAGGGACAAAGUGAAGAAGUCCUCGUUGGAUAGGAACGAGGAACGAGAGAGUCCCGAUUCCAGAGACUCCAGGGAAGAAGUAGCUCACGGUAAGCUGCACAAAAGCGACUCCUUCCUGAGAAGGUUCGUCAGGAGCUCGAGAGACAACAUCACCGAAGGUUGCGAGAGACUGGUGAGAAACAUCCAAAAGAGUCCACUGGUUCUUAGAAGAAAGUUCCUCUCUCACGACGAGGGACCUGUUCCACCUGUCAGAAGAAAGAGAUCCAAGAAGAAGCUUCUGGAACCUGACUCGCUCACCAAAACAUCAUCGAAGGACUCCGAUACCCUAGAGGCCUCCAAUAUCCGCGUCUCCGUAGAAGAAGACGACUUUCUAUUAGUCGACAAAGAUCCUCCACCGUCUCCAACCAACGAAUCCACCAAGAGAGCUUCUCCAGUCUCUCAGAUAGAGAACGAAGACUCUUCCAAAAGUGUCUCCGUGGAAGACGUGGAAGAACUCAUCAGAACAGAGGACAAUCUUCGUCUCCUGGAGCAACGUGUGUUAAUCAGGAGACGUUUAGAGAAGUCUACGAAGAUUCUUCAAGCUCUCCAACCAGGUCAAAGAAGAUCCUGGAGCGAGGAGAGUCUCGUUCACGCGAUAGAACAAGUUCAUCACAGGUUCCAGGUAGUCUCUUUCGGUUCCGUAGCCGGCGACUGUUCUCCCAUCACUCAUCGACGUUACGCCAGCUCUAUUUCCCGGCGAGUCGGAAGCAGCGCCAGGCAGGCAAGGUCGCCGGAGUGGCGAAGCAAGGUAGACUGGCUGUCUUGGAAGGCUAAACGGUCGCCGCCGCCCGAGGACUGGCAAGUUCAUAGGUCGUUGGGCUGCGAUAAGGAGGCCGGGUCAGACGAUAAGCGCCGCGUCCCGUCGAGGAAGCCACGGGUGGAAGUGCACGCGCGAGCCACGGCCACGUCUGACGACAGCGUGAAAUGCAAACUUGCGAAUUUCGUGGUAGGCGGUGGGGACGACGAUGAGGAGGAGCAAACUGCUGAACAGCGAAGUAAACAGCGGCUAGUCGGUAACGGGCCGCCGGAGAACGUUCGUCAUCCCUCAACGACAGCGUCGUCGCCGCCGUCGUCGUUGCUCGUCGACGGCUCACGUGGCCGUAAGAGCAGUCUGCGUAACGACUCGUUGCUGAACGACGAUGCCGAUCUCGUGACGGUACGCGUGAACCUUGGCGAUUUCGAGCCAACGAACGAGCAGAAGAGAUCGCGGAACAGAGGAAGAUCCGUGGUGAGGAAGAAGAAGGUGAAGAGUAAAGAAUACGCAGGUGUCGAAGGCUCGAACGAUUGGAAGAUGAAGUUCACCAUAAGAAUGAUCAGGAUUCGGGAUAAACUGAUGCUAGGCUUGAGCGCCUUUGCUAUAUUGUUCACGAUAUUGUUGGUGAUGGAUCUACAGAUGGAUCUGGGUUACAGUGGACAUCACUUGGUGCCCAGCCACGGUCGUGUGAGAAUCGGCGACGAUCCCAACACCGACACGAUCUACAACAAUUUCAGGAGGAAGUUUCUGCAGAGAUUGAACGCUAGCAAAGAACAGACUAGUGGUGAUGUGUCUGGAACAACGCAGAACGGUGGGAAAGUGGGUGGUAACGAGGCUAGGGAUACCAGGACCGAGAAGAUCAUGGUGCACGACAGUUUUCCGGAUUUAGUGGACAUCGUGGUGAAGGGUUACGGUGUUAGUGUGUACGAGGGUGUGGCUAGGAUCAGCGGAGAGGAUCAUUCGUACAAUCCUACGCUCGGCGAGCUGAAGAAAGUCAAUCCAAAAAGGAACAGCUCGACGCUGGAGAGAUUCCAUCUGCAGAUCUCCAGGACUGAACUGUACCCGGAGAACUCGAAGUACGUGGAUCAGUUGCUGCACGAAAUAGCGACGAGACCUAUUGUCCACGUUGUCCAGAAGGAGGGCGGCACGCAGCUGAAACUCCAGAUAAACUAUUCGAACAUGCAAGCGCUGUUCAAGCCUAUGAGGUUUCCGCGAGAACAGCAAACUCUCCCCAACCAUUUCUACUUCACCGACUUCGAGAGGCAUACAGCUGAGAUCGCGGCGUUCCACUUGGACAGACUGCUCGGAUUCCGCAGAGCAAUGCCAGUCACUGGUCGAACGUUGAACCUAACGACGGAGAUUUAUCAGAUCGCCGACGGCGAGCUGCUGAAGACGUUCUUCGUCAGCCCCGCCGGUAAUAUCUGCUUCCACGGCAAGUGCAGUUAUUACUGCGAUACGGCGCACGCGAUUUGCGGAAAUCCGGACACCCUCGAAGGCAGCUUCGCCGCGUUUCUACCGGAUAAAUCGUUCGUGGCGAGGAAAGCAUGGCGACAUCCGUGGCGCAGGAGCUAUCACAAGAGGAAGAAGGCUCAAUGGGAGCACGACUCCGACUAUUGUUCCUUCGUGAAGGAGAUUCCGCCGUACAACGAGGGUCGAAGGUUACUCGAUUUGAUGGACAUGGCUGUCCUGGACUUCCUCAUGGGGAAUAUGGACAGACACCAUUACGAAACCUUCAAGAUCUUCGGGAACAACACGUUUCCUCUACACUUGGAUCACGGCAGGGGCUUUGGCAGACCCUUCUACGACGAGAUCUCCAUUCUAGCCCCAAUUCUACAGUGUUGCAUGAUCAGACAGAGCACUCUGAACACCCUUCUCAAGUUUCACAACGGACCAGUGCCCCUCAGCCUAGCGAUACGAAAAAGCAUGGCGAGGGACCCCGUGGCUCCCGUUCUAUGGAAACCACAUCUAGCAGCCUUGGACAGAAGGGUGCGCGUGGUCCUUCAAGCGAUCAGAGACUGCGUGAAUCGCGAGGAUUCGAGUCAAGUGGUGCACGAGAAAACCGAAGACACAGCAUCCUAGCCCCUUCGUAGUGGCCGCUUAGUGAAACGAACGUUCAGAGUGCUGAUAGAGAAAAAACGAAACUGACACUGUUCACUGUAAAAAUAAACGUGUAAAAAGGCGUGUGUAAAAUAUGAAAGAGUCAACGACGAGUGGGUUUGAAUGUCGAUAGAAUGGAACAAUGGUAUAUAUUUUAUGGUUCUAGGGGAAUUUUUAUUUGUUUCUUCUUCCUCUUUUGGAAAUAUCUUUUAUUCGUUGUUUAUUCGAACGAGGAUCGAUAAACUCGAUCUCUGGUUUCGUUAGAUUUUCACCAAAUUGUUACCUGUUUUGUUCUUUUUCUUGUCAAGCAGGAUAUUCUCCUUCUAUGCUUUAUUUUUACUACUUAGACUUGUACAAAAGAGAGGCCUGUACAUAGUGUAUGUAUCAUACGAAAACGGCACACGAAGGAAAAGAGGUUUUUAACAAUCAGACGUUCGGGAGAAACCGCGCCCUGCUUUUUGUGUAUAUAAAAAUCGUAAGAAAAAAGAAACAGAGCAAAGGAACGUCGCUUUUCAGGGCCAGAACAUUUUCGAAAUGACGUUUCGUCGUGAAAGAGAAACGAGGAGAAACAGCGAGGCGUGUUGCUGUAUCGACUGAUUCCCUCCGAAGAAGGAUCCAUAGAUCGUUCCUCGACGAUGAAACUUAUCGAAAGCUCGCGAUUUAUCGCGCGAGCAGAUCGUUUUCCCGGCGAGACGAGCGAUUUUCUCAGCCACAGUUCCUCGCGAUAACACGAUCCACUUAUUGCUCGACGAUCUAGCGUCAGAUUUUUUUACGAGAAUCCACUUUUCACCGGCGAAUAAUAUCGCCACUGCGUGUGGACGAGCAUCGUGCGUGUGCGUGCGAGGUGUCUUUUUUGUAAAGUGUGUGCUUUUCAUACGCAUGUAAAGAGUACCUCUGUGAACAUUUUUUCAAAAUGCACCCGGUAACUCGUAAAUGUCUUUUUUUUUUUCUUUUUGUC